AUGCCAAAUAAAAUUAAUGAGUCCAAUAGCGUCGAAUUUUUCAAAUCAUUUGGACAAGUAAAAAGUACAACUAGUGCUACAAAAAAUUGGAUUAAUAGAUUAGAAGAAUUUAGAAAGGGAAAGUUUAUAGAAGAGAAAAUUGAGCAAAUAGAUUCAAUACAAGAACUUGAUAAACAAAUUGCAACUUAUGUUGCAGAAAUGAAACAAAAAAAUGGAUAA